AAGAGUUGGAAAACGUUGUGGAAUUCUGGAAUCUACAGUAAAAGAAUUGAGGAAUAUUUUAAAGCUUGACAGAUGCAUUCCAGACUGGAAAACUGCUGCAUUAUUGCUCCUCCUCCUCCUCCUCCUUCUUUAGAGAACUGACUUCUUAAAACAGAGGUAAGAAAGGAGAAUAAGCUGUAAGAAAAUGCUGGGAUCCGAACGUGGUGUGGUGGAAGAAUGGCUAUCAGAAUUCAAGGCUUUACCUGAAAAUCAAAUCUCCGGUUAUGCAUCAACGUUGCACCGGAAAAAAUCACUGGUGCCAGCUCUUUAUAAGGUUAUUCAGGACCCAAAUAAUGAGCUCCUGGAACCUGUCUGCCACCAGCUCUUUGAACUCUACCGUAGUUCUGAAGUUCGACUCAAGAGGUUCACGCUGCAGUUCCUGCCAGAAUUGAUCUGGGUUUAUCUGCGUCUUACUGCCAGCAGGGACAGACAGAGUAAUGGUUGCAUUGAAGCACUGCUUCUUGGGAUUUACAAUUUGGAAAUUGCUGACAAAGAUGGGAACAACAAAGUUUUAUCUUUCACCAUCCCUUCAUUAUCCAAGCCGUCAAUAUACCAUGAGCCUUCUACUAUUGGAUCCAUGGCUUUGACUGAGGGAGCCCUAUGUCAACAUGACCUCAUCAGGGUGGUUUAUAGUGAUCUUCAUCCUCAGAGAGAAACCUUCACUGCACAGAACAGGUUUGAGGUGCUCGGCUUUCUCAUGCUGUGCUACAACUCUGCUAUUGUCUACAUGCCUGCCUCCUCCUAUCAGUCACUUUGCAGGAUGGGUUCCAGGCUUUGCGUGAGUGGAUUUCCACGGCAGCAUGAGAAACGCUGGAAAGAAUUCUGUAACAGAGUGGUACUAGAUCCUGACUUCAUGGUGCAACUGCUCACAGGUGUCUAUUAUGCCAUAUAUAAUGGACAGUGGGGUCUUGGCCAGGAGGUAUUGGAUGACAUAAUUUACAGAGCACAGCUUGAACUUUACUCUCAGCCACUGCUGGUUGCGAAUGCCAUGAAGAACUCGUUGCCCUUUGAUGCCCCUGAUAUGUCGCAAGAAGGCCAGAAGGUGCUGAAGGUGGAGGUUACUCCUACAGUGCCCAGGAUCUCUCGGACUGCCAUUACGACAGCUUCCAUCCGCCGCCAUCGCUGGAGGAGAGAAGAUGGCUUUGACUUCUCAAACGAGGCUGACUCAAGCAUUCCUGGCUCCCCGAUCCAACACGGCUCCACAGACCUAGGGAUCAAACGUGAGCAAGAGGGGGAGGUGCUGGUGCGCAGGACCCCUGAGCAUGGCUCACCGGAGCCCACCUUGACAGCAGCCACAACAGAGGAUACUGAGGGUAUAAAUGGAAGAGAAGAAUCCGUGAACCUCAAUGAUGCUGACGAAGGAUUUUCAUCAGGAGCUUCCCUUAGUAGCCAGCCAGUUGGGACCAAGCCUCUAUCGUCCACAUCCCAGAGGGGCAGUUUAAGGAAAGCAGCAAGUGGGCGUUCAGCUAAGGAUAAAGAAACAUCAUCUGCCACUAAAUCCAAUGAGAGCCCUCGAGAUGCAGUAGCUCGGAAGCAGUACCUGCACCAACCAACUGACCUUACUGCAGAAACAAUUGAGAUGACACCUACAAAGAAACACCUCAGCUUGCCUGCUGGGCAGGUGGUACCAAAAGCCAGUAGCUUGAGCCUGAUCCGGACCGCCAGUGCUUCCUCCAGUAAAUCAUUUGACUAUGUGAAUGGUGGUCAAGCAGCUUCCAUUGUUGGGGUUGGCACUGAGGGUGUUACUAAUCUAGCAGCUGGCAAUUCCAAUCGGUUUUCAACUAUCAGUCUACAGGAGGACCGGCUAGGCCAAGCUGGGGAAGGUAAAGAUCUCCUUACCCCAGGGGCUCCCCUUACCAAGCAGUCUCGAUCCCCAAGUUUCAAUAUGCAGCUCAUAUCCCAGGUGUAG